UCAAAAUGAGUUUUGGUGUCUUCCCACAAAUCUUUUUCCUUUUAUUGUGCCUUCAAUGAUUAAAGGGAGAACAUGAUACCUUUCGCCUCUCAUUAUGUGCUUUAUAUAUUGUGGUCAAGCAUUGUUUCAAUGGAUAUUUUCUCCAUCUAUGAGAUUUUUAGGAUUCGACGGUAUACAUAUAUUUCGAAUGCAUUUAUUGUAUUGUCCAAUGAUGGACUGAGCAUAGACACCCAAUAUUACACAAGUUUAAAAACUGUUGCAGCAUCAUUCGUACACUAUAAAUAGCUACAUUUCCUUCUAAAUCUAAAUCAUUUUACAUCUCUCACUAAACAAAUUCUCUGCGACAUAUUCAGUUGAUAUUUGUAAUUUAUUUAACUCAAAAAUAUAAAACAACAAUGGGACUACAACGUUUUUUAGUUAAGUUAACGGGUGUAGUGUUUAGUGCUUAUUCUUUUAGUACAGUAGCAGCAGCAAGUUCGUUAAAUAAUCCGAAAGAUCCAACGAAGGCUAAUUCGAUUUACGAUUUUCAAGCCUAUGGUAUUUCUGGUGAAGUGGUCUCGUUAAGCAAAUACAAAGGUCAUGUUUGUAUUAUCGUAAACGUCGCUUCCGAAUGUGGGUUGACGAAAGACAACUACGCCCAGUUGGUUGAGAUUUACGAUGAAUAUUCGAAAUUGAAAGGUCUAAAAAUUCUUGCGUUUCCCUGUAAUCAAUUUGGAGGACAAGAACCUGGAGAUGAUGCUCAAGUUUGUACAUUCGCGUCGAGGUACAACGUAAAAUUUGAUAUGUUUUCGAAAAUUGAUGUUAAUGGAGGAAAUGCUCAUCCACUUUGGGUUUAUUUGAAACAUAAACAAGGUGGAACUUUUGGCGAUUUUAUUAAAUGGAAUUUUACUAAGUUUAUCAUUGAUAAAAAUGGUCAACCCGUUGAAAGACAUGAUCCUACUACUAAACCUAAAGAUUUAAUUAAGUCAUUAGAAAAAUAUUGGUAAUAAUUAUUAGUUUUAUGAUUUUUUAAUGUAAUAUUCACGC